GGCGCGCGGACUCGCAGCCUGUCACGUACGCUCAGUGACGCUUCGCGUUCUUACAGGCUCCCGUAGCGAGCAGAGAUGUAAGUUGGGUAGAAAAAAUGAAGCGCGGACGUGCGCUACGUGCACACCCAGCAGAUGAUGACGACGUGACAUGGAGAGCCAGAGGCACGCGGACCGUUUAAAAACGAGCUCUGCCCACGAAGUCUGGAGUGUUUCGUCAGACAGACGCCACAACAUGCCAGCGGAGCUCUACCGACUAACCGCUAUGGGUCUGAACGGCUUCUGCGCGGCGCCGCUCGGGACUCCCGCGCCCGCGGAUUUCCUCGCCGGUCUGGCCUCCAAAACCGGCUCUCCUGGAUGCACAACCACGACCCAGCGCUCUAAAACCGGCGUGCCGCUAUUCCACGGUGACGUCACGCCCGCGUGCACCACCGUGGAGGGGAGCCGCUCCGGGGUUUUGGUGCAGCACGCGCUAAUGAAGGGGGUGCCAGGCGGUUCCGGGUGCCCGCUGCCCACCAGGGCCUGCGUGCUGGAGAACGGGGACAGGCCAGCUCAGGACGGCCGCUUGGUGCUGAGGAGGAUGAGCAGCGGGCUGCAGAAGCAGAGGGGUGAGGAGAAACAUAAGGCCGGGUUGGAAAGUUCUGUGGACUCUAGUUUUGUGUCUGGGGAUGGUGUGGUGCCAGAUUUGAAACGGAGAAGGUUGGCAGAUGGAGGUGUUGCUCACAGCGAGGUCACUAAAGUCCCCCCACUCAUGGUCACUGUCAAUCGCAGCAACCUGUUGACUGUCAACCCCGUGCAUUUUGUCACUCCCCAAGCUCCUGUCAGCCCGUCUAAACCUAACCCCCAGCACAUCACACACCUGGGCACGCCUGCUGCACCCAGCCAGGCGUCCCCGGCGGAGGGUUGCUGUAUCCAGCCUGCAGUUUCUGGCUGGUCAGCUGAGCAAAUUGCCCAGCAGUACAUCAUCCCCUGCAUGAAGUACUACGGUAUCUGUGUGAAAGACAACUUCCUGGGUGCCGAGCUUGGCGACAAGGUUCUGACCGAGGUGGAGGCUCUGCACAGGUGUGGAAAAUUUCAAGGCGGUCAACUGGUCAGCCAGAAGAACGUUCCCUCCAAGAAGAUCCGGGGUGACCAGAUCACCUGGGUGGAAGGACAUGAACCUGGGUGCGACAGCAUCAGAGCCCUGAUGGCUCAUAUUGAUGAGGCUGUGGUGUACAGUGCAGCCAAUGGACAGCUGGGGAACUGCGUCAUUGAAAGACGCACUAAGGCAAUGGUUGCCUGCUAUCCAGGUAAUGGAGCAGGUUACGUGCGCCACGUUGACAACCCCCAUGGUGACGGUCGGUGCAUCACAUGCAUCUACUAUCUCAACAAGAACUGGGAUGUCAAGGAACAAGGUGGGCUGCUGCAGAUCUUCCCUGAAGGCAAAAACAUGGUCGCCAACGUAGAACCUUUGUUUGACAGGCUGCUGGUUUUCUGGUCUGAUUGUAGGAACCCACAUGAAGUCAAGCCAGCCUACGGCACUCGGUAUGCAAUCACAGUCUGGUACUUUGACACAAAAGAAAGGGCCGAGGCUAAAGAGAAGUACAAAUUGGCAGCAGGACAGAAAGGUGUUCAGGUGCCUGUCACUCAAAGCAACAGGACAUAAAUGUCAUCUACUCGCCGGCGAGCACUCUGAAAGUGCUCCGUGCCUUCUGAACCACCGCGUGGACGCUGUGGUCGUACACGAGCCGUGGAGUCCCGUCACGCAGUCUCAGCUGCCAGGUUCUGUUCAUGGUCAGCGGUGUGAUGUUUCUCUUUCCUGAUUGGACACUUGAUCUGAAAACCACAAAUGUGUGACAGAGGAGAGAUUAGCCUGGCAAAGGAAGAGCAAGAUGAAAUGUUUUCCCCGUGGUAGACGGCUGACCGUCAUUACAAAGGCGUCAAAGAAACUACGAACUCCUGAUGUUACAUUUGUCUGCCUUGUUUUACAUUCAAAUGGAAACUAUCACUCUAUGAUGAAUCAAUGAACAGACGCCAUAAAAAGAGCAACAUGCAGAAAGUGAUGGAGGAGGGGGUGGUCCACAUUCUGUUGUCUCCUGAUGAUGUCAGCAGGUGUGUGUGUGUGUGUGUGAGCAAAGAUGUGUUGUUGCUGAGUAAUUGUCAUGAUUGCAAAUGUUGCUGCUCGGUCAGUGAAUCUUGUCUUGAACAGUGAAGAUAUCGGCACAACUGUGCUGCAGUACCACUGUUCCACACGCUAUGGAGAGUCCAGGAACCAGAUGCAUAAACCUGUCAGAGCACAACCAGAAACAUUCAUGCACA